AUGACCUGCCGCUCCUACAGGAUCAGCCCAGGAUGUGGGGUCACCAGGACCUUCAGCUCGUGCUCAGCUGUGGCCCCCAAAACUGGCAGCCGCUGCUGCAUCAGCGCUGCCCCUUACCGAGGGGUGUCCUGCUACCGGGGGCUGACGGGCUUCGGCAGCCGCAGCGUCUCAGCCCUGGGCUCCUGUGGGCCCUGCAUAGCGGGGGGCGGCUUCCGCGCUGGCUCCUGCAGCCGCAGCUUCGGGUACCGCUUCAGCGGUGUGUGCGGCCCCAGGCCACCCUGCAUCACCACCGUGUCGGUCAAUGAGAGCCUCCUCGCGCCCCUCAACCUGGAGAUCGAGCCCAACGUGCAGUGUGUGAAGCACGAGGAGAAGGAGCAGAUCAAGUGUCUCAACAGCAGGUUCGCUGCCUUCAUCGACAAGGUGCGCUUCCUGGAGCAGCAGAACAAGCUGCUGGAGACCAAGUGGCGGUUCCACCAGAACCUCCAGUGCUGCGAGAGCAACCUGGAGCCCCUGUUCCAGGGCUACAUCAAGACGCUGAGGCGGGAGGCCGAGCGCGUGGAGGCCGAGAGCGGGAGGCUGGCCUCGGAGCUCAGCCACGUGCAGGAGGUGCUGGAAGGCUACAAGGAGAAGUAUGAAGAGGAGGGGGCUCUGAGAGCCACAGCAGAGAACGAGUUCAUGGUUCUAAAGAAGGACGUGGACUGCGCCUACCUGCGGAAGUCAGACCUGGAGGCCAACGUGGAGGCUCUGGUGGAGGAGUCUAGCUUCCUGAAGUGCCUCUAUGACGAGGAGCUCCAGGUCCUCCACGCUCACAUCUCAGACACCUCAGUCUUCGUCAAGAUGGACAACAGCCGGGACCUGAACAUGGACUGUUUCGUCGCCGAGAUCAAGGCUCAGUACGAUGAUGUUGCCAGCCGCAGCCGGGCCGAGGCUGAGUCCUGGUACCGCAGCAAGUGCGAGGAGAUGAAGGCCACGGUGCUCCGGCACAGGGAGACCCUGCGCCGCACCAAGGAGGAGAUCGGCGAGCUGAACCGCAUGAUCCAGAGGCUGGCGGCCGAGGUUGAAAACGCCAAGUGCCAGCGGGCCAAGCUGGAGGCUGCCGUGCCCAAGGCAGAGCAGCAGGGCGAGGCGGCCCUUAAUGAUGCCCGCUGCAAGCUGGCCGGGCUGGAGGAGGCCCUGCAGAAGGCCAAGCGGGACAUGGCCUGCCUGCUCAAGGAGUACCAGGAGGUGAUGAACUCCAAGCUGGGCCUGGGCAUCGAGAUCGCCACCUACAGGCGCCUGCUGGAGGGCGAGGAGCACAGGCUGUGCGAAGGUGUGGGCUCUGUGAAUAUCUGCGUCAGCAGCUCCCGCGGUGGAGAUCUGGGGGGCCUCAUGUAUAGCACCACCCCGGGCUGCCAGAUUGCCUCUGGCCCCGUGGCCACUGGGGGCAGCAUCACAGUGAUGGCGCCCGAGUCCUGCGCCCGUCAGCCUCGCGUCUCCAGCUUCCGCUGCGGGAGCAGGUCCAUCCGCUUUCCCUAG